AAAAUGGAAGUAUGGUUGAGUUGGGUUUUAGGAUUUGUGCCAAUAUUGGGGUGGAUGUUGUGGUGGUGGAACGACCUACGGUAUGCAGCUCCUCUUAAAUUUAAAUAUUCCGGCACCGGAGCCAGGCUUCCACCUGGUCACAUGGGCUUCCCAUUUUUGGGGGAAAUGAUCAGCUUUCUUUGGUACUUCAAGGUUCUUCGCCGCCCUGAUGAUUUCAUUAAUUCCAAGCGGCGAAAGUAUGGUGAUGGAGUAGGAAUGUACAGAACCCACCUCUUCGGAUCACCGGCUAUAAUAGCUUGCUUCCCGGCGAUCAACAAAUUUGUGUUUCGAUCAGAUGACAAAUUUAUCCUCAAAUGGCCCAACAUUGACCUAAUGGGAAUUACGUCUCUUGUAGCAGUUCAUGGAAAAGCACAUGCCAGGCUCAGAAGUUUUGUGACUAAUGCCAUUAAUCGACCUGAUGCUCUUAGGCGUAUCACUGAAAUGGUUCAACCACGUAUUGUUUCUGCACUUCAAUCAUGGGCCCAGAAGGGUCAGCUGAAAAUGUAUGACGAAGCAAAGAAGGUGUCUUUCGAGAAUAUUGGAAAAUUAUUCGUAAGCUUUGAACCAGGGCCUAUUCUGGAAACCAUGGAUAAAUGGUUUUACGGGUUGCUUGGUGGAGUUAGAGCUCAACCGUUUAACUUUCCCGGAACUGCUUAUCACCAUGCAAUUCAGUGUAGGAAAAAGCUGGAUGCAAUUUUUAGGGUGGAGCUGGAGAGGAAGAAGAAGAAGAAAGAAAGCGGAGUUGAUACAACAAAUGAUCUAAUGGAUGGGCUGAUGCAAAUUGAAGAUGAGGAAGGCAAAAAGUUAAGCGACCAAGAGGUUGUGGACAAUAUUGUCAGCCUUGUUGUUGCUGGAUAUGAAUCUACUGCUGUUGCAUCGAUGUGGGCUCUUUAUUUUCUCGCCAAGAACCCUAAUGUCCUUGAAAAGCUACGGGAAGAGAAUAUGGCGAUCCGCAAGAACAAGAAAGGGGAUUACAUUACUAGCGAAGAUGUUUCUAAAUUGAAAUACACCAACAAGGUGGUGGAAGAAACAAUAAGAAUGGCCAAUAUAGCCGCAGUUUCUUUCAGAAUGGCUACCCAAGAAGUGGAAUACCAAGGCUAUAAAAUACCCAAGAACUGGAAAGUAAUUUUGUGGCUUCGGUACCUCCAUACAGAUCCAGAAAACUUUGAUGAUCCCAUGUGCUUUAAUCCUGAUAGAUGGAAUGAACCAGCAAAGCCGGGUACCUAUCAGGUUUUUGGUACUGGAAUUAGAACCUGUCCUGGAAACACGCUUUCUCGGUUACAACUUGCACUGUUUGUUCACCAUUUGUCGGUUGGAUACAAGUGGGAAUUGCGGAAUCCGGAUGCAAAGAUCACUUAUCUUUCUCAUCCAAGACCGGCUGACGGGGUCGAGAUUAUCAACUUCACCCAAUUAUAAUAUCGCUGUUUGACAGUUACUAAUUUAUCAGCUUUCUGUGUACCUUGGCUUUCUAUUCUAGUAAGGAAACUUUAUUUUGGCUAGGGUGUGUUCCUGUUUUUACAUAAUAAGCACAUUUUAUCAAUAAA